CUUCUAUUGCAUUUAUCAGAUUAUGUUAUGAGCAUUUAUAUAUAAAUUUUGUAAAUUAGUAUCAUUUUAUUUAGUUUAGACUUGUUUUACAUACAUUACUGCCAACACAGAAAUUGGCCAGUAUAUAUCUACUUUUAGCUUAAUUAUAUUUAGACUAGUUUUACAUUCUCCUGGAGCCUUUACGACCCACACAUGGUGAUGAUGCUUUGACAACUGCAUAGGUGUAUGAAAUUGAAAUAAUGAUGAUAUUGAAAUCUUUGGGGUUUUGUGGUUGGAAGACGAAUGAAAGUUCAUCAUCAAAGAGGGAGUAUAAAACAGUAAUAGAAGAGCUAUGCCAUCAAUUUUGCAUGGAAGAUAUUAGAAAAGCAACCAACAACUUGGACAAGAAACUUCUCCUUGUAGAAGCCACCAAUAAUUUUUGGUUGUACAAAGGUUGUGUCAAGUAUAACGGUACAAGUGAUUAUACAAUUACAAUAAAACGCGGGAACCCUACUAAAAAGAAAAAUGAGGAGGAUAGCACCCGUUCAUAUAUGGUGAAGGAAAUUGAGGUGCUAUGUCAGCUUCGUCACCCAAAUAUAAUCUCACUUAUAGGCUUCUGCGACAAUGAAAAUGAAAUCAUUGCUGUGUACGAAUACAUGGCCAAUGGAUCACUUGAUGAUUACUUGACAAAUAGGAAUAACCAACCACUUUCAUGGAAGAAAAGACUAGAGAUCUGCAUCGGAGUAGCACGUGCUCUACACUAUCUUCACUCAGGAGUCAAGCGCGUUAUCAUUCAUCGUCUUAUAAAUUCAAGUUAUAUUCUUUUGGAUAACAAUAUGAUGCCCAAACUUGCAUAUUUUGGACAUUCCUUGCAAGGACCACUCUCUACCUCCAAGCCAAAACCAAUUAUAGAUGUUCUUCAGGGUAGAAUUGGAUACAUCUCCCCUGAACUUUUUUCUUGUGGCAUCUACACUGAUAAAUGUGAUGUUUACUCUUUUGGUAACGUUCUACUAGAUGUAUGCGGCAGAAAGGACAAGGAUUUGUUGGUCAAGAAGGCCAAUAUAUUUGCAAGCCUACACUUCGAGAGGACGAGUGAAUUCUGGUUAAGGGUGCUCUCACGUAAGAGGAUCCCUAUAGAAGAGAUGGUUGAUCCAGAUCUUAACGGAAAGAUUGCUCCCGAGUGUUGGGAUGCAGUAAUGAAUAUUGCUCAAAGAUGCAUAGAAUAUGAAGCAGAUGAGCGACCAACAAUGGGUGAAGUAGAGUUGUUGCUUGAGCGUGCUCUCUCAUUGCAGCAACAAGCUGAUGAUAUUACAAACACCAAUGCUGCUCAUUACACCUUAUCCUCCACCACCUAUAUUUAUGAGGGACCAUCAAUUUGUAUUGAUGCCAAUAACAUAGAGGAUAUACUAAGCCAUCAAUUUUCCCGAGCUGAUCUUGCACUAAUGACCGGAAAUUUCGAUGAGAGAAAAAUAAUUGGAAAAGGUAGUUUUGGGGAAUUGUACCAAGGUCGUGUCAGACUUAAAAGGUCUAACAGAUAAUUACUACUAUCUUAUCGCAAUCAAGAAGAUGCAUUG